UUCUCUGCAGGAUCUUUAUAGUGUACCUUAAAUUGUAGCGCAUAGAGGGCAGUACCUAAAGAAGAGUACCCGAAAGAACUGUUUUUUUUUUUUUAACUGAGACAAAAAUGACAGAGUUGAUGGACUGGUAUCAUAAAUGGAUUAAUGACAUCUCAAUCUUUGCUAAAUCAGUUAAAUUUUUUUAAGUUUCCCUCUGUAAAAGUUUUAGGAUUAUGUAUUCUGACUGAGAAUAAAUCGUGCACGUCUUCAAAGAGAAAGGAGAGCUACAGUCAAUGGGAAGCAGCGAAUGGGCACCGAUCGACAUUCUUAAAUUCUAUUGUUUGAGAUUCACAGUUUUGUGUUAAAGGUGGAAAUUGCAAUUGGUAACCCAAAUUUGAUAGUAUUCACUGAAACAUUUUUAUCCUUAUAUCCAGCUCUAACUGUUUGCCUGCCUCGAAGUCAUGAGUGCUAUUUGAGUUCAUGUAGAUGGUGUAUGCAUCUGUGCAAGACUAAAAACAACAAACUUAACAAAACAAACAAACAAUAAAAAAAAAACAUGCAGGUCAUCCAAGUUCAGUGGAUUGUUAAAAGGAAGAGACUACAUCUGUCUUAAGAAAACAGAUAUAGCAUUAUUUUUUUCAAGCCGCAGCCAUCUUCAGGUGUUAGUGCACAACAGGGUUUGCAGAUCGCUGCUAAUACAGAGAUGGUCAGAUGGAGAUUCACAUCAGACAUAAAAAUGGUUCUUUGAUGGCAAAUGAAUUAUUUUUAAAGUACCACCCCUACUUGCUUUGGACUGAAGAAAUGAAGCCAGAUGGGAAAGGAAACCGAAGUUUUUGGCUAAGUCCGCACAGAGAUGUAAAAUAAAGACACAAACACAGAUAUUGUGGAAGAAAACUAAAAUAAAUGGACUUGGUAUGGUGCGAUAUUGGAGAAGAGCUAGCUGUAAAUCACAAAGGUAGCCCUCAAAUCAUUUGAGCUUUUCUAAAGUAUGGAAAUUUACUGGAUGACGCUGGUUUCGUUUUCCUGCCUUGUCAUCAUGGCUACUUCAGAUAUUUACAGUGACACUAGGCUUUCCUACAGAUCUCAAGCGGAAUUCCUUUCUUGUCUUCAACAUUACCAGACAACAGUCCCUAUGAGAGUUGACGAGAAUGGAAACUUUGUCAGUUAUACUGUGAAAUAUGAGUUUAAACGUUCACGGAGGAGAAGAAGUAUGGAUCCUAUAGACAGAGAACAAGCAGAAGCUAGAUUGUUUUAUAAACUCUAUGCCUAUGGCAAGUACUUUUAUUUAAACCUGAGUCUGAACAUGGAUUUAGUUUCCAAACAUUUUACUGUAGAAUACUGGGGGAAAGAUGGGCCAGAGUGGAAGCAUGAUUUUAUUGAUGCCUGCCACUAUGUGGGAUAUCUUCACAAUCAACAUGACUCAACAAAAGUGGCAUUAAGCAACUGUAAUGGUUUGCACGGUGUUAUUGCAACUGAUGAUGAAGAGUACUUGAUUGAGCCUUUAAAACACUCACCAGAAAACUCAAGUGAUGCCAAUUAUGACACAGGACACCCUCAUGUUGUUUAUAAAAAAUCUUCUAUCAGACAGCGACAUUCUUCUCACGAAUCCAGUUGUGGGGUCUCAGGAGAAUCAAGUAUGAACUACAAGGCUUGGUGGUUGCCUAAAUCAUCAGUUCUUCCAUCUUUCAAACCAACAAGAAAUUCCACUUCACGUGAUCGUCCUCGAGAGAAGAGAUCUGUGAGCAUUGAACGUUUUGUGGAAACCCUGGUGGUGUCUGAUAAAAUGAUGGUGGGAUAUCAUGGCCGCAAAGACAUUGAGCACUAUAUUUUGUCUGUAAUGAAUAUUGUUGCCAAACUUUAUCGUGAUUCCAGCCUAGGAAACGUUGUGAACAUUAUAGUUACCCGCUUGAUUGUUCUGACAGAAGACCAACCGAACCUGGAGAUAAACCACCAUGCAGACAAAUCUCUUGACAGCUUUUGUAAGUGGCAGAAAUCUGUCCUUUCUCACCAAAGUGAUUCAAACACCAUUUCUGAAAAGGGCAUUGCCCACCAUGAUAAUGCUGUUCUUAUUACAAGUGUCUCCCAGCCUGCAGAUGCAUCUUCAAAUGAAGACUUGAUUGAAAUGUGGUACAGUUGUUAA